CUGAAGUGUCUGUAGGCGCAGUGUGUAGCGGAAGCUCGUGCCGCUAGUAGCUGCAGUUCAGGCGGAUCCCGUCAGUGUCUGAUCACAAACUUUCUGUCAAACCCGAAAAACACCCGGAACCCAGUGACAUGGGGGAUAAGGAGUUGAUGUGGGCCCUGAAGAAUGGAGAUCUGGAUGAGGUGAAGGCUCUGCUGGUGAAGGUGAGAAACACACACACACUUCAUGUCAUCACAUACAUUCACAAACAGAUUCUGCUGUGUUUUUCUCGACAGGCUCCAGAUAAACACAGCAUCACCCCGCUGCUGUCUGCCACUUACGAGGGUCACGUGACCUGCGUGAAGAUUCUUCUAGAAAAGGGUGCUGAUAAGGAUCGGAAAGGUCCGGAUGGUCUCAGCGCGUUCGAGGCGGCCGAGAGCGAGGCCAUCAAAGAUCUACUGAAGUGAGUCGGACGCUGCCGGCAGCGGAGAGGUUCUGACCACAACCACUGGAUCCAGCAAACACACACACACACACCUCUCUGUCUCUGCCCGCUGGCUGCUGCAGCUCCUCUAGGUUUCCUUUUGUUUUGUUUUCCUCCAUGACCUUUUUAUUUUAUUUGGGGGAGGU